AUGGCGACCGGUCGUAGCGAGUACUCGAAUGCGAUUCUGCCAAAUUUGGCGCCGGAUAGGGCCGUGGAUGUGGUUCGCGACCGGCUGAACAAUGCCAAGUUGUUGAAUGACGAGAUUGCCGAUUGGUUAAAAGAAAGGGCUCGAAUUGAAGAGUCGUAUGCCUCGGAACUUGAUAAACUCAGUCGAAGGGGUCCUUUGGCGCAUGAACAGGCUUUGGGAACAUUUACGAGUGUCUGGAACGAGUUGACUCGAUCGGCUCGUGAGACGUCGAAAGCAUCGGCAGAUUACGCCAAGAAAACAAGAACUGAUAUUGAAGCCCCUAUAAGAAGUUUCUCACAAAAAUCACCACAAUGGUCGGAUGUUCGCGAUUUGCACGACGGGUUGUCGGGUGUAGCGAAGAAUCUUGUGGAUGGAGAAGACAAUUUGACUAAAUUGAGAACCAAGAAAAGUUCGAGCUCGAAAAUUGAAGCGGCUCAGCAUGCCGUUAAUGAGAGCAGAAACCAAUGGGAGAACCAGGGUCCGUAUGUUUUGGGACAAUUUGAAAUUGCUGAUGAAGCCCGGUUUGCCCUGCUUAGAGACAGUCUUACUCGGUUAGAAACGCUUGAAGCUGAUAAGGGCCAGGCUAUAAUUAAAGGCAGUGAAAAGGUUCUUAAUUCGAUUUUGUCUUUUGACCCAAUUGAAGAAGUACGUUCGUUUGCUGCCCAGAUUGUAGCUGGCAAUAUUGGCUCGGUGAGUUCGAGCGGCACCGCAGGAGUUGGCGGCGGCAGCAGUGGUGGUUCGGGCUUGGCAAGACAUUCACAGUCGCGUGAUUCGGGUGAUGUUGAUAGUCAGCACUUUAAUAGAGGAGGUUUGGUGGGGAAUAUCCAUCGACCAUCUCGGAAUACUCUGGACGACUCGAGCAGUAUUAAUUCGGGGAAUACUCCUUUGGGAGGAAGUGGGGGUGCUAGUAAACUUCGAUCUAAAGUUGGUUCGAUUUUCCGAGGUGGCAGAAAGAAGAAGGGUGAGAAAGAAGCUGCAGAGAUUGGUGCUGGUUUGGCGGCUGGUGCUGGUGCUGCAGCUGUAGCAGGAAGAUCGAAUUUGGGUGCUGGCUCGAGGUCGGCUUCUACAGCAUCUGCUCGUGCUCCUGGCCGUCGUGGAACCGAUUCGUCUGAUUUGUAUACUCCAGUAGAUCCUUCAGUAGCAGCUGCCAGACAACAACAACAACAACAACAACAACAACAGCAGCAGCAGCAGCAGCAGCAGCAACAACAACAACAACAACAGCCACAAGCUCAACAACAAUCUUCACUACAACAGCCAUUACAGCCUCAACAAGCACAGGAUCAUUUGUCUGGAUCUAAACCACAGCCACCUCCAUCUCGUAAAGUGAAUGGCCAGGCUCAGAGGGAGUUUAGAGAGGAAGAUGAAUAUGAAGAUGAAGAGAAUCAACCAUUACAAAAUCUUGUUUCGGGUCAACAACAGCCAUUUAGAGUGAAUAUUCGUAGCGAUGUGAUUACUGAAGAGCAGGAGGAUGCCAAUACUGCUCUUAGUAAUGUGGCCUCGACUUUAAGAUCCAAGCCUACUAUUUCCGGACGAGGUUCUAGAGGCCGUAGAGAUAUCCAGUCAAGACUGUUUACUGAGAUUGAAGCUUCUGAUUUGGAAUCUUCUAAUGCAGCAGCACAAGAUCAAUCUGGACCCAGUUAUGUCGGCCAACAGUUUUUCAACCAGCUCCAGAGUUUCCCAGGACAGGGUCAAGGAUCUACUCAAGUUCCUUCUGAGUCACAAAACGGGUUUUCUGCACCCCAGCACGCUAUUUCUGGAACCACAGCAGCAGGUGCUGCUAUUGGUGCAGCUGUUGGAUCACUCCCCGUUCUCAACGAAGUAGAACCUGCAAUCAAGAGAGAGUUUGAACCACAAACUCAACAAGGAGAUUCGUUUAACUUCAAUCAACCACAGCCACAACAGCCACAACAACAAUAUCAACAAUCGUUCGCAGAUACACAAUUGCAACAAGGUCAACAGUUUAAUGGACACCAGUUCCCAGAUACUCAAUUGCAACAGGGUCAACAGGGUGAACAGUAUAAUGGUCAGCAGUUCCCACAAGAGUACAACCAACAACAGCCUCAAUAUAACCAGCAGCAGCAAAUUAGUACUUCACAAGCACAGAUUCAACAACCUGUGUAUUCAGAACAAACCGCCGGCUCAUUUGGCCAGCAAACCGCACCUCAGCUACCACCUAUCAACACCGACAGUAGUUUCCACGGCGAUAUUGGAGGUGACAGAUCUCUAGGAUCCGCUACUGAACCUAUUGUCUCUCCUUCAGGUUCAGCUAUUGCCGACCAAAGAGCCCCCGCUGGAAAUGUCUUUGCACCCGUCCCUACUUCUGUCGGUCAAAGCACGAGUCUAUCAUCUCCAGGAGCUGGAGCUAGUCCUGCCGGUGACCUUCAACCACCAAUGUCGGCUUUCCGUGCUAAUCGCACCAACAGCGACGUCCAGUCCCUUCGCUCACUUCAGUCUUCGACCACAGGGGGUGCCAACAUUGCUGCUCUUAAACAUCCAGACCUACCUACUGGUCCUGGUCUGGUAGCAUCCAUUGUUGAAGUCAUCACUGUUGAUAUGAAAGAUGGUGUGCCAACUAAGACUGCUGUUGGUGGUGAAGUAUCAGUGGCAUAUAACGAAACGGACGAUGCUGCUACUCCAGGAACAAUCUAUGUCAAGGUGAAGACCAAGCAGACGAAACUCGACAGACUUGUGGCUAACAACCAGAUUGUCGUUGCAUCUUCUGAACCCGACACAUUCAAACUCGACCUGUCUUCUCCUGCCACUGCCAGCAGUCUUCUCGGCGUUCGCCAGGGCGCCAAGGCUCUUAUGUACACCCUAUCUGGAGACCAGCAUGGAUACAAUCCCCUCGUAUUCACACCCAUAUGGCGUAUUGAAGAGACGCAGUCGAGUCUGAUGCUGAACUACGAGCUUGCCGACACGUUUCACGGAUCCGAGCUUGAGAUUCACGAUCUCGUCAUCAGCGUUCCUAUUGAAGGAGGACAUGCCCACUCUGCCCAAAACAAGCCAGUAGCAUCCUUCAACAAAGACCGCCAGAGAAUCACCUGGAGAUUCCCCGAGCCUGUUGUUCUGAAAAAGGGUCAGAAAGAGAAGCUUCUGUGUCGAUUCGCGACCGACGGAUAUGCCCAUGAGGCCUCGUCCGGUCUUGAAGUCCGGUUCCGUCUGACCGACUCUGCCUCUUCACAACUCUCACAACUCGGUCUCGAGUACACGACCAAGACUGAAGAAGACCCAUUCAGCGACGAGGCCACCAACACAAGCGCAGUAUCGCUGUCGUCGCAUCUCAACUGGGUGCCUGUAUCUGUAUCACGAAGCCUGGUGACCGGGAAAUACUCUGUUCACUCGGAGCUCAACGUUAGCAAACGUUAA